AUGGGUAUUUCCUAUUUUGCAUCCACCUCAGUUGCACUCAUCGGGCUGUUCGGAUCAGUAUCCGAUAUCUCAAAUCUCUUCGCUUUUACAAUUGUACAUAAUAGAUACCUCCUUUUCCAUACAUUUCAAAAAUAUGUCGGUCUAUCUACUUUCAUCGCUCACACCGGGAGCAUGGCUUUCCUGUUUGCACUUCUCCAGAUUGUUCGGUAUUUCCGAGGACUUGAGGUAGCAUCUACAAAUUUAGAAGGUCAAGUUCUCAAGCCUAUGUUUUUCCCUGCAAACACAAGUCAUCUAAGACUGUUUCCAAAGAAACAUGGUUUCUCAUACUCCUACCUCCUGACCGGCGUACCGGUUGGAUGGACGGGAUCCUCGGGAGGAAUGAUUUCAGUCGAUGAAAAGAAUAAUGUAUCCCCUUGGUAUAAGAGGCUACUAUAUUUUCAACCUAUGAGUCCUUGGUAUGUUGUUGAUGGAGACGCUUAUUUGGAUCGAGGUCAUGUACCUGGUGGAUUGGAGGGUAAAUUAAAAAGGUUCCUUCACGAUCAGGGCUUAAAUCAUGAAGACUAUCCGUAUGCCUAUCUUAUGACAUCCUCCAGAUUUUUGGGGUAUCAAAAUAAUCCCGUCUCGAUAUGGAAUCUCUAUUCAAGGAAUAAAGAAUUGAAAGCUGUUAUUCUUGAAGUUAACAAUACAUUUGACGAGCGUCACACCUAUUUUGUCACAUCAAAAGAUGUAGAGGCUUCUAUGAUAGAGAAAACAAAAGGGAAGCCACCGAGAUUUACAAAUACCUGGUCCAAGGAGUUUUAUGUUUCGCCCUUCAACUCUCGAAGCGGUUCCUAUUCCAUCUCUGCAUCUGAUCCAUUUUUUCCAUCGCUUUCCGGAAGUAAUAAUCUCGAUCUCACGUUGACUCUCACUUCCACCGAACGUGCAUUUUUAGUCGCGAGAAUUUUUUCCGAUGGCCCUGCACUCGAUCCAUCCACAAUGUCAGUACUUCAAAAGACUCAAUUCAUUUUAUCAUGGUGGUGGCUAGGUUUGCAGCCUGGUAUGCGACCCGAAGAUUAUGGUUCGUCAGAUAUCAACACCUUUUCCUCCAUGUUCUUCCGAAUAAUCUAUUCUACUCGUAUCCUACCACGCCUCGAAUCUAGUGGCAGUGUCUUUUCGAUUUUUGACAAAUACAUUCUUAAGGAAACCGAUCAUGCCACCCCGUCGCUAUACCAGCGGAUGUUGUUUAAGAUGUGGCUCAGUGAUUGGGUUGCUUUUGGAUGGAUAGAUUUAUAA